CUUGCAACCUUGCGCGUAUCAUCAAACAUUGUUCUUUUUACGGUGCAUCAAACUGUGAUCAUAAACUUGCCUCUGGAAUAUCCUUUCGACAGUUUCAACGAAGCGCUCAACAAGCUAGCUGGAUAGCCAACGAAGGAGGCGCAUCCCCGCGUCAUCAUCACCCCGUCAGUUCUCCAGCCAUCAAUCAAGCAUCAGCUUCCACUUCCACCACCUCACAACCCCUCGAACACGUGUCUCUUGAUAUCGCUACUGCCUCCUUCCGAAAACAAACCUGGGCCAUCGCAUCUCCAAAGCCCUUGCAAAGAUGGCAGCCCGCCAGAAGCUGCGCAUCCUCUGCUUUGGGGACAGUCUUACAGCAGGCUAUUCCUACCUAGGCUCCGCCUACCACCCGUACCAUUUCAAGAUGGACCAGAUGCUGGCGAUGGCCUUUCCCGACUACGAAAUAACCACCGUCGAGCGGGGGAAGUGCGGGGAUAUGGUCAGGAAUGGGUUCCUGACGAGGAUGCAGGAGUGCUUCCCGCCUGCUAAAAAGGACGAUAAGCCUCCGUUUGACUGGGUGAUUGUUUUGGGAGGCACAAAGUAUGUCUACGUCCCUUUGAUAGACUGGUUGAUGAGGUCCGCUGACGAAGUAUCAAGCGACAUCGCGUUUAGAGUACCACCGCAGGAAAUCUUCAAGAAGUUGACUGAGGUCUGGGAUAUACCGCUUCGACGUGGAUGUAAAGUCCUGGCCCUAACAGUCCCCGAUGUGGUGGGCGACAGCAAAUUCAAGAUGAGGGGCGAUGCGGAUAGGAAAGUGCUCAACGAGCUGAUCAUGGGUUACAAGAAGCCUAACUUGCACGUAUACGAUCUCCACGAUGCUAUCAGCUUGACGAAGAUGUCCUCGACAGACAGGAAGACUUACAGGGAUGACCAAAUCCAUUUCACCCCAGAAGGCUAUGACCUGAUUGGUAACAAAGUGGGCAUGGCCUUGGUGAGCUUACUGGUUAAGCAGAGGGUGGCGGAUCUUCCUCCCGCAAAGAGACGGCGGAUAUUCAAGAACGAUGACAAGCUCUUCGAGGAGGAGACCGGCAACCCAGAGAGCCUCGACGGGGGCUAUGUUGUGGUUCGGCGAACCGAUCUGGACUAGGCGCCUGCUUUUUUUUUUUUUUUUUUUUUGUUUUUUUUUGGAUUUCUAUUUCUGGUUAUACAUGGUAGUGGCGGACAGCGUUUGGCUUUCUAGUCUCAAGAGAACAGGUUUGGCAUCGGCGUAUCUCGAGUUACGGCAACGGUUGGAUAGGUAUCUCGGGGGUAAGUAAAUAUUUGUUUUAUAUUCGAAUUCUUCAUUAUUCAUCUAUGAUCUAGACAUUUUGCCCACAGACAGGGCAUGUCAGUACACAAUUCAACCGGCUACAUGUCCCAAACAGCGGGACGAUGCGGCUCGCUUGUUAUAAACAGAUGCGCUUCUUCUGAC